AUUUUGGGGGCUCGCUUCUACGUCAUAUAUCAACAAACAUUGACACAUCAUACAGCCAAAAACUAGAGUAGAGAACAGAAGUUAAGCACAUUUAAUAAUAAAGAGCUAAAAUGGGGAAGUAAAGGCCUACCGUUAUUGCCUUCAUAGCAUGAAUUUUUCGUUUGCAGGCUGUGGAUUUCUAGGGAUUUAUCAUGUGGGAGUAGCGAGUUGUUUGCGACAACAUGCCCCUCAACUUGUGGAAAAUGGAAUUUUUGCUGGAGCUAGCGCUGGUUCUAUAAUUUCUUGCUGUUUGUUAUGUGGUUGUUGUUUAGGGGAAUGCACUAGUUUUAUUUUACGUUUAGCAACAAAGGCAAGAUCGAAAUCACUUGGACCUUUACAUCCAAGUUUUAAUAUUGUCAAGAUUUUACGAGAUGCUUUAAACGUAGUACUACCAGAAGAUGCACAUACAAUUGCCUCAGGGAAGCUAUUUAUCUCACUUACAAGGGUUUCUGACCGUAAAGCUGUACUGGUUUCACAGUAUGAUUCUAAAGAAGAGCUAAUACAGGCUCUACUAUGCAGUGCUCAUAUACCUUUUUAUUCUGGUCUCCUGCCUCCAGUCUUCAAAGGAACACGGUAUGUAGAUGGUGGAUUAAGUGAUAACUUGCCAGUUCUAGACGAGAACACUGUCACCGUCUCCCCGUUCGCUGGUGAAAGUGACAUCUGUCCAAGUGAUGAAGUCGCCAAUGACGCUCACAUCCAUCUUGCCAACACCAGUGUACAGAUGUCGGGGAAGAAUUUAUACAGAAUCACACGAAUAUUGUUUCCAUGUAAGCCAGAAUUACUUAGUGACAUGUGUAAACAUGGAUUUGAUGAUUGUUUACGAUUUCUUCAAAGAAAUGAGUUGAUAACAUGUUCCCGACAUUUGACAGUGAAAUCGUCCAUUGUUUCAGUAGAAGAGAGUUCAUCCUCUCUGAGUUUAGUCCCCUCCAGACAGGAGAGUAGUAACUUGAAUGAAGAAGAAGUUGAUGGUCUGUGUGAUGAAGAGAACUGUGAAGAUUGCAGAAUAAAACAGAAAGGAGCUCUGGUUGAUACAUUACCUCCUAUUGUUGUGGAAGCAUUCCAGGCAGCUAUAAGUACAAGUUUUCAGUCAUAUAUCCAUCGAUCUAGAACAUUACGAUGCCUGGGAGUUUUAGCAACACCAUGGGUUUUACCAUUUGAUAUUGUCUACAAUGGUGUGGUAAGGUUAUUGGAAUAUUUACCAUCUUUGCCACAAGAUAUGACUUACAUGUACAGAGAGAUUAUUGCCUUGAUGACAGAAAUAACAGCUAGACUGUCCAAUAAGAAAAGACGAUACACAGCAAGAUUUACUUGCCAGCUGGCUAUUACAGAAUUUAAUUUGAACAAAGAUGUCUCAAGACGUGCCUUGCCAUCUAGUAGUCCAUACCAGCCUCAGCCAACUGCACCAGUGGUUAGAAAUCUUAACAUAGGAUUUGCUGUUGAUUUUGACACAAAAGUAAGAAAUUCCCUUCACACCCUUCGUCACCUUGAAGGUCACAUGGAUCACAUGAAUAUUGAUAAGAUAUCUUUGGAAUCCAGUGCGCAUGGCCAAAAUGUUGUAGUAAGUACAGAUAUGUCUAAUAUGAAAGAAAGCACACUUCACAACCAGGAAAUCUUUGACACAUUUGAACAGUGCCUACACAUAUCAAAUGAGAUGGAAUCUGUAAUGGCUUAUUACUACAAAGAUGAAGAAGACACACAACGCUAUAAUUUUGAAGAAAUUUUUGACAUUGAUAAGAUGGACAUGAAUCUUCCAAGUCCUUCAAAGGAUAGCCAUAGUCCAGACCUUUCAUGGGACUCCUACAUGGAAAUGAAACCAGAAAUUGAACAAGAGACAGAAGAUUUCAUAAAUGAACUUCUAAACAUACCUGAGACAAACCAUCAUCAGAAUGAAAAAAAUUUAGAAGGUCAUUGUUUUAGAUCACGGUCAAGUUCAUUAGUAUCAGGCUGCAGUGCUGGACAAUCACGGUCAAACUCUUUACAAUCAGGUGGCAGUGGUGGAGGAUCACGAUCCAAUUCCAAGUCUAACCUAGUGCUAUAAUGUGAUAGGAUAGUUUGUUGACUGCACCAUUCUGGUAUGCAAUUCUCAUUUUGACAAUGUUACUAAUGAUAACAACGUAUCUAUGCAGUUAUAUUUUUAAAAACAGUAAAAAGAUUACAAAAAUUUAUUAAUAUGCUUAAACCUAAGUUACAAAUGAAAUAUUAUUUUGAAGUUUUGAUCAUCUACAGUGUCAUUAUGUAUAAUCUUAGUUAGGAACAAAGUAAAUAAUUAUUUUCUCUAAAAAAUUUCGAAAAUUGGUGGAAAUUGAAGUGCACCAUGAAGUGUUCUAUACCAUGUGAACAGAAAUAAAUCCAGAGUUCUAUGCAUGUUGAAAUAAUUGAUUUUUAUUUUCUAUACUUUAUUUUUUUAAGUUAUUAAGCAUGGGUUGAGGAGCUUCUUGGUGUAUGUUUAAUUUUGAUAGGCUGUAUUGCUUAUCUUCUUAUAAGAAAAACAAAUCUUCACCAUGUUCAUAGAUAACUAUAUAUGUUUAACAGUUCAUCAGAUACAUAAAAAUUUGUCAAAUAUGAAGUUUCCAUCAGGCAAAUAAAAAUUGAAAACAAUUCUUGCAAGAAUAUAAUGAGAAGGUGUCAUUAUAUGAUAGAUUUUCUGGAAUCUGUAGUAAUUAAUAAUAUGCCAAUGAAAUACUUAAAAAACUAAAGAUUUCAUCAUAUAACAUUUUCUAGUAUUUAAUCAUGUCAUUGUUUUUGGGCAGACAUUUCUUUACAUACUUUUUCUUUCGAUGUAAAGGAUCUUUUGUUAAGCAAACAAACUUGAUUCAACAGUAAAGCAAGAUCACUUUCAUUUCGUAGAUUCGAAUAAAACAUUUGUAAAAACAUGCAACUUUGAAUAAAAAAAAGUGUUCAGCAAGACAAUUAAAAUAAGGCAAAAAAAGAUAUUCAAUAACAAUGAUUUUUGUCAGAUUUCCUUCCUUAACCAUCCAAAUGGAAUUAAUAGUAAAACUAUAGGACCAAUAUAGUUACACAUAUUCUAUUAUUAAAUCAAAACGCAUCCUGGUAAAAACAUAACAAUAGAGCAUUAUGAUCAUGAUGAUGUGUGAAAUGAAGAGAAAGCAUGGGAAUGAAAACAUAUAAAUUUAAUUUACUUUUGAGAAAAGAGGAGAUAAAUUAACUUCACUUUAAUAUGUAUAAAUCUGAUAUUCACUCAGGGAAAUAUAGUAUGUAAACAAAAAUAUAUGUAAAGGCCAUUUAUAAGUUUUUUAAAUAACAUUUUUUGAACCAUUUAAAACAAAAAUUGUUACAUAAACCAUUUAAUUGGACAAUAUGAAACAUAAUUAUAUAUACAUUGUAAUAUUUCUUUUAUUUAGAAAUUUUGAGUUUUUACCAUAACCAUUUUAAUUUGACAAGGAAUAAAAGUAAUUAUAUAUUAUCUAAGGUUAUGAGUUGAGUUUGUUAUUAACAGUAUCAUUGAAGGGUGAUAGCCUAUAGUAAAAGGUAGCCUUGUAGCUUCCUCUUGUUGAAAGACUCUAGAUUAUCUGUUUAUCUGUAUUUAUCUUGGCUUAUGAUGUCAUCAUGUUAUCCCCAUUUAUCUUGGCUUAUGAUGUCAUCAUGUUAUCCCCAUUUAUCUUGGCUUAUGAUGUCAUCAUGUUAUCCCCAUUUUCUGUUGAGAAGAUACAUUCUCUAAUGAAUUCGUUUGACAUGGAAAGUUAUCACAUAAUAAUAUCAAUGCAAAAUAUAAGAAAAUAAUAAUAAUUGACUGAGUUACAAAUUGUAUGUUAUACACAUAGGAUCAAAACAAACCAAAUAUUUGUCUCUGUAGUCAACUAUCUCAUAUUGGUACAUGUACUAUAUAUAUUUUAGUUUCUAGUUACAUACCAUUAUAUAACAGUUCUAUAUAUAUAUGUUUUAUUAUAAAAUAUACUAUUUUGUUCUGUUUUGAUGUAUUUUUGUUUUAUUUUUCUUGUCAUUUUAUUUUUGUCUUAUCAUUCUUACCUCAUGUUUUAACAUAGAUGACUUCACAAUGCAGAUAUUAGUUCCCUUAAAUUGAUAAAACAUCAUUUAAUGCUUGUGAUCUUGCUAGA